AUGGUUUCAUCUGGACUUGCUGCAUUGGGAUAUCAAUACAUCAACUUAGAUGAUGCGUGGGCUGAACGUCAGAGGGACUCUGCGGGAAACUUGGUUGCUAAUGCAACAACAUUUCUUGUUGGAAUCAAAGUGUUGGCAGAUUAUGUUCAUGCCAAAGGCCUCAAGCUGGAAAUCUACUCUGAUGCAGGGAAUCUGACAUGCAGCAAGCUACAGCCAUGA